CUCUCUUACUUCUUCAAAAAUCGAAAAAAACUUCCCCUCGAAUUCCCAGCACCCAACACGCUCCCUUCUCCUUUCUCAAUGCCACCCACCACCUCGUCACCACCGGCAUGCACAUCCCCGACCUCUUCGCUCUCCGUAACAGAAACAGUAAACGGGUCCCACAAAUUCACAAUUCAAGGCUAUUCAUUAGCCAAAGGAAUUGGUGUAGGGAAACACAUAGCUAGCGAGACUUUCACUGUUGGUGGUUAUCAGUGGGCAAUUUAUUUCUACCCAGAUGGCAAAAACCCUGAAGACCAUUCCUCUUAUGUCUCUGUUUUCAUCGCUCUUGCUAGCGAAGGCACCGAUGUUCGUGCCCUUUUCGAGCUCACCUUGAUUGAUCAGAGUGGUAAAGGCAAACAUAAAGUUCAUAGUCACUUUGAUCGCUCCCUCGAGAGUGGACCCUAUACCCUCAAGUAUCGCGGCAGCAUGUGGGGUUACAAGCGAUUCUUCAGACGAGCAAUGCUUGAAUCGUCAGAUUUUCUAAAAGAUGAUUGCUUGAAAAUUCACUGCACUGUUGGUGUUGUGGUUUCCGCAACUGAUUGCUCGAGAUUGCACUCUAUAAAGGUCCCUGAAUCAGAUAUUGGAGACCAUUUUGGUAUGCUAUUGGAGAAUGAAGAUUGUUCUGAUAUCAUUUUCAGUGUGCAAGGGCAAAAGUUUCAUGCUCACAAGUUGGUAUUGGUUGCUCGGUCUCCUGUAUUCGAAAAUGAACUUCUUGAUGCAAUGGAGGAAGAUAACAGCGAAAUAGUUAUUUCAGAUAUAGAACCUAAGGUGUUCAAGGCUUUGCUACAUUUCAUAUACAAAGAUGAUCUAAUUGAAGAUGAGGAACUUUCUGCUUCUAGUUCAACUUCUGUGAUAUCUGUGUUUGACACAUUAACUGCAAAAUUAUUGGAGGCAGCAGACAGAUAUGACUUACCUAGACUCAGACUUAUGUGUGAGGCUGUACUCUGCAAGGAUAUAUCUGUGAGUUCUGUUGCCAAGAUUCUUGCCCUGGCUGAUCGAUACCAUGCUAUGGAUUUGAAGUCUGUUUGCCUAAAAUUUUCUGCUGAAAAUCUUGUAGCUGUUGUGCAGUCUGAUGGUUUUGAGUAUCUGAAAGAGAACUGUCCACUACUGCAAUCUGAGCUCCUAAAAACCGUGGCAGGAUGUGAGGAGGAUGUCAGUGGAGGUGGAAAGAGCCGAAGUGUUUGGGCGCAGUUCUCAGAUGGAGGUGAUACAAAUGAUAGGAGUGUCAGGCAACCAUGGGAAAAUGGAGGGGAAAGGAGCCAAAACUUGUGGGCUCAACCUGAAAAUAGCAAUGGAAGGAGUCCUAGGCAAGAAGAAUGACAUGAAACUAACCUUGAUUUGUAUUUUGACAACGGUGGAAAGGGACGGGCAAGUAACCGGGAAAGAGGUAGGAGGAAGACAAGGAACAGUAUGAAAACAUUGUCUCCGUGAUAGAAUUGUGUAUCCUCCCUUGGUGUUGCAAAUACAGCCGAAGACAUUUUCGUAAGAACUUGUAAUUUAUCCGAUGAACUUGUGAUUUCUCUCCAGAAAAGGUGAUUUUCUAA